UGGGCCCCGGGGCGGGGCGAGGCAGGUCCCGGCGCCCGGAGGAAGUAGGGGGCUGCUGCCGGACUAGUCCUCCGGCUGGUCCAGCCAUGGAGGCGGAGCCGCCGCUCUAUCCGGUGGCGGGGGCCGUGGGUGCGCAGGGCGAUGAGGACCAACUCGGGGUCCCAGACGGGCCCGAGGCCCCGCUGGACGAGCUGGUGGGCGCGUACCCCAACUACAACGAGCAGGAGGAGGAGCGCCGCUACUACCGCCGCAAGCGGCUCGGCGUGCUCAAGAACGUGCUGGCGGCCAGCGCGGGCGGCAUGCUCACCUACGGCGUCUACCUGGGCCUUCUGCAGAUGCAGCUGAUCCUGCACUAUGAUGAGACCUACCGGGAGGUGAAAUACGGCAACAUGGGGCUGCCUGACAUCGACAGCAAGAUGCUGAUGGGCAUCAACGUGACCCCCAUCGUGGCCCUGCUCUACACACCUGUGCUCAUCAGGUUUUUUGGCACCAAGUGGAUGAUGUUCCUGGCUGUGGGCAUCUACGCCCUCUUUGUCUCCACCAACUACUGGGAGCGCUACUACACGCUUGUGCCCUCAGCCGUGGCGCUGGGCAUGGCCAUUGUGCCUCUUUGGGCCUCCAUGGGCAACUACAUCACCAGGAUGGCCCAGAAAUACUACGAGUACUCCCACUACAAAGAGCAGGACGAACAGGGCCCCCAGCAGCGCCCGCCUCGGGGCUCCCACGCACCCUACCUCCUGGUCUUCCAGGCCAUCUUCUACAGCUUCUUCCACCUGAGCUUUGCCUGCGCCCAGCUGCCCAUGAUCUACUUCCUGAACCAUUACCUGUAUGACCUGAACCACACGCUAUACAAAGUGCAGAACUGCGGCACAAACAGCCAGGGCAUCCUCAGCGGCUUCAACAAGACGGUUCUGCGGACGCUACCGCGGAGCCGAAACCUCAUCGUGGUGGAGAGCGUGCUCAUGGCGGUGGCCUUCCUGGCCAUGCUGCUGGUGCUGGGCCUUUGCGGCGCGGCGUACCGGCCCACGGAGGAGAUAGACCUGCGCAGCGUGGGCUGGGGCAACAUUUUCCAGCUGCCCUUCAAGCACGUGCGCGACUUCCGCCUGCGCCACCUCGUGCCCUUCUUUAUCUACAGCGGCUUCGAGGUGCUCUUUGCCUGCACUGGUCUCGCCCUGGGCUAUGGCGUGUGCUCAGUGGGGCUGGAACGCCUGGCGUACGUCCUCGUGGCUUAUAGCCUGGGUGCCUCGGCCGCCUCGGCGCUGGGCCUGCUGGGGCUGUGGCUGCCGCGCCCGGCGCCUCUGGUGGCCGGGGCUGGGCUGCACCUGCUGCUCACUGUCAGCCUCUUUUUCUGGGCCCCCGCGCCCCGGGUCCUGCAACACAUCGGGGUCCUCUAUGCAGUAGCCGUGCUCUGGGGUGUGGGCAGUGCCCUCAACAAGACGGGGCUUAGCACACUCCUGGGAAUCCUGUACGAGGACAAGGAGAGGCAAGACUUCAUCUUCACCAUCUACCACUGGUGGCAGGCCAUAGCCAUCUUCGCAGUCUACUUGGGCUCAAGCCUGCCCAUGAAGGCUAAGCUGACGGUGCUGCUGGUGACGCUGGUGGCGGCCGCAGCCUCAUACCUGUGGAUGGAGCAGAAGCUGCGGCGGGGCGUGGUCCCGCGCCAGCCCCGCAUCCCGCGGCCCCAGCACAAGGUGCGCGGCUACCGCUACCUGGAGGAGGACAACUCUGACGAGAGCGACACAGAGGGCGAGUGCGGCGGCGGCCGGGGGGACUGCGCGGAGGAGGAGGCGGGGCCCGUGGGGUCAGAGCCCGGCCCCAAACCAGCCGGUCUCUGCCGCCGGCCCUGCCCCUACGAACAGGCGCUGGGAGGCGAUGGGCCCGAGGAGCAGUGAGGGGCCAAGCCUGAUCGCCGGCCUCGGUUUAACGCGUCUCGGGUCAGGGCCUCUAUGAUUCAGCGCCAACUUCUGGAAAGACCCUUGGCCCACCCGGGGUUCAGGAACGGCCCUCCCAGAGCCCCGGGCGCUUGGGAUCCUCCCCGCAGCCCCCUCCAAGGGAGGGUGGGGCCUUGAGACCUCUUGGCCAGGCCCAGAGUGCCUAGGGACCGCACAGCCGAAACCCUCUUCCGACCCCAGGGGCCGCUCUCCACGACCCCCUACCGGCCCCAGCCCCGGGGCUGGGACCCCGCCAGUCCCGUCCCAGCUCUCGGCUACAGGCCUGGGCCGUGUGCGUCGCCCGCUUUGCACAUCCUAUCCCCAUGGUCCGCCAAGAGGUACGACUUUAAGAACAUGAGCAAUAAAGAGAUUUGUGUAUUGUCCUGA